UAACUAGAGAUAUAUUGACCUUGUAUUACAGAGCUCUGAGAAGAAUGCCUAAAGACUAUUUUGAUUACAAUGUUGAGGAGGAGGUGGAGAUUAUUCCGGAAUCUGAGAAGGAAGCAAAGGUGGUAGAGUUUGUUUACCAAGUUUGCAGAAAAACAUGUACACCUGGAGAAUAUAUCUCAUGGUUACAGGAUGGCAGGAUAAUCGAGGAAGUAAUCUUCAAGAGCUGUCCUACUCCUCUCGGAAAGAAGCAAAGAUCCUGUCCUGAGGAUCAGAUGAAACCCCGGGAGAGAGUUGAGAAGAUUAUCAAUGAUCUCUUUGAGUUUGGAGUUCCUGUCGAACUCCUGUUCGAUGUAGAUGAUCUGCUUAAAUCUAACAACAUUCCGAAGGUUACAGCUUGUCUCUUGGAGGUAAAGAUGAUGGUGUAUACAGGACAAGGCAGGAGCAAGCUUAAGUCUGUCCAGGACGUAGUUAAGGCUCCGUUCCGUUGCUCCGUCUGCAAAGAAAAGUUCUCCAGGAGUGAUCAGCUCCGUCACCAUCUCUGUGAAAACCAUCCGGAUAAAAUUGGGUUUAAUCUUAGAGCUCUUCUACAAAAAAUGACGACAUAAAUUAACUUUUAGAGAAUAUCUUCGAAAAACAACGAGGAUUUCAUUUAAAUAUUUCUUGAAAUGAAAUUUUGGAUUUGUACACUACAAGUUAGGCUGGGGAAACAACAUUUUUGCUUGUGUUGUAUUUGCUAGCGUCAUAGAGGUCAUUUUUGUAACAUGUCUUUUUUAUGUGAAAAAUUUCCAAGUCUGUCCUAUCCACAGAGCCUGUACUAGUCUAGUCUAGUUCUGUAGCCUGCUGAUCCUCAGUAAGCACUACCUAACUGCAGAGCCUGUACUAGUCUAGUCUAGUUCUGUAGCCUGCUGAUCCUCAGUAAGCACUACCUAACUGCAGAGCCUGUACUAGUCUAGUCUAGUUCUGUAGCCUGCUGAUCCUCAGUGAGCAUUACCUAACCCUUAAUAAUGUAAUGGGAAUGUUUUUUCAUAUAGAAAAAAAUUCGGUUUUCUAUUUGUAUAUAGCAAAAAUAAUAAUAGCAAAAAUGUCGUACUCAUAGCGCCAGUAGAACUAUGAAACCUGGAGAACUACCUAGUUAGUGGAUUAAAUAUAUGCUGACACACCAUAAACAUUCAGCUCAACUUUCCUCAUUCGUUUCAUUAAUAUUACUUUGAAAAUACAUUCAUUAAGAUUAACAAAUCCUCCCCCCCCUCCCCUUUACCUCCCCAUGUUUACAGGGUCGACCAAAAAGAAUGAGACUUCAGAGACAAUUACAGAUUUUCUCAAAUUUAUGGUUACCUGCAGUUUUAUACAUGUUUCUUUUUUUCCCUAAAUAAUGUAAAAUGCAUGAGUUUAUCAACUACAGCUGACCUAAUCAAUACAUCAUCUCGUUUUUCACCUUAGGUGGGUAACCCUGUUAUAGUUCUGCAUACAAAUUCUUAACCCCUGAAUUAUAUUCUUAAAUCUUGAAUAAGAAAAUGUUUUAAAUCCUUUUCCUAUAUUCAAUCUGCAACUCUUUUUCAAGUUGUGCAGAAAAAACAUUUUCAAUAGAUUAUUUCAAUUUUAAAAUCAAUCUAGAUAUCUAUACAUUUUAUCAAAAGGAAACAUUUAAUGUAUAAAAAUACAAAUAUGCCAUAAAUCCUGGUAACUAGUUAUGUACACUGUGCAGUUGUAUUUUAUCACUAACUGGUAUCAAGGGGACUGUAAGUGUAAUUUCAAUUGAUUUUUCAUGCAAAUGCCCGAUUUACAACGGUACCCUUAAAACCGGUAUAUGUUCAUCGAUUAUCAAGAUCUUUGUGUGUAAACUAAACGAAAACUGUUUCUAUAUUUUAAAAAUUCCGAUGUGCUUUGCCCCGUGAAAAAUGUCGUCUUUUUAACGUUAAACGCGUUUUGCAAACAUUCGAAAGUAAAUAUUUAUUUUCUGUCACAUCUAGAAAGUAACUGUUGAUUUCCUUAAUAUAUGACAGCUUGCAAACAAAGUGCUUAACAAUUAAAAGGUUUCAGUAGAUAAUUAGGGACAUGUCAGACAUCCUUUAUCAGUCAAAGGUUUAAAGGGCAGCUGUUCUGAAUCGGAGGAAACUCUUCCUUAAAUGGAAAGUCACUUGCAAUUACGUUUACAGUCCCUUUUAUAAUAUUGUUCACGAAUAAUGAAGCAUGCAUAUGAUAUGUUGAUCCCUAAUCACAUCAUCAAUAGAUAUUAUAUCAUCAUUUUAUUUUUUUUCUGUGAAUAGAAAUUGAUUUGAAACUGUUUUCUUAGGACCAAUGAAAUCUCAUUUGUCUUAAAUUGAGUUUAAUUUAAAUUAAAUAAUUCAUUAAUUCAAUUAAACACAUUUAGUUAUUUCCGGGCUGAGAUUUCUUGAUAAAAAAAAACAAUUUUAAAGAUUUUGAGUUAGAUUAUCCCAAUAUGAUUUAUUGUAUUGUUAUAUAAAAUAGUAAAUUCUAUAAAAAAUUCUUAUUGUAUAAUAUAGAUAAAUGCUAAUCUCUAAAUUUGAUGUGAUUAAGCGAGAAUAUGACUUGUAUUAUUGAUUAAUAAACCAGGAUUAUA